UUGAUUGUUACAGCAAUAGAGCUCAUUUAUUUUCAGCUUUAUUGCCGUAACGAUCAGCCUCACAUUACCCAAACUGAGGGUGUCUCAUUAUGCUCGUCAUCCAGUACUUCAUGUGGCUACUUUGACUUUGAAUCAUUAUCAUCCCCAAUGAAUCACACUCAGUCGUUAGAAAUCUACCAUUGUGUUGAUUCCAGUAUUCUUGCCUCUGAUAACGGUCGUGACGAAGGGAGAGACGGAAAUCUCCUCUUGCAGAUGUUGUUUGCAAAAUAUUGCAAUGACCAAGCUCGUUGUCGGGAAGUCACGCUUUCUUCAUUCAACUCCAAAUUCGUCCAGUAUUUAUUACAAAGUCGGUGGAAGAAUGUGGCCAAAUUACUGUCAUUAAAAAUAAAAUUUUGCUGUGCUAUAAACAAUUAUCUUCUGCAAAAAAUCAUAAAUUCUGUUACAGCGGCAUUACCAUCUGAUGAACCUGUAUUCUGUCACAACAUUCAAUGCCACGAAGCUCCAAUUGCAUGUCUUACAUAUUCACGUAAUGAGGAAAUGCAAACAAAUCAUACUAGAGAAAACGAAGAGGUUGUAUCAAUCCGACCUAUGAGCAGAAAUAAAAAGCAUAGACAAGACAGCAGCGUUGAACAUCACUGUGUUUACCGACAUUUUAAUGAUGAAUUUUAUCGCUAUUGCUUGAUGAUCCGGGAUCAUCAAGGACCUAACGAUCGGUGCUUUUACGGUGUUGGAUAUCAGAUCUGCUGUUGUUUCCUUCAAGGAAGAAUAUUAAGAACAUUGUUUUCGGAAGCUCCUGAACCUAUUCCUGACAAAGCACGGAAACUUUCUUCACAAAUCUUCAAAAUAAAGAUUGAUACUAAAAUUCGAACUAGGUAG